AUGAUGCAUACCUACAAACCUGACCAAGUAGCAACCUGUCUCAACCAUUCACGUAUUCUUUAUAUUGGUGAUUCUAUUGCUAGACAACAAUUCUUUUCAUUUGCAAAACUUAUUCAUCCAGAUAUCGAAACUGACGGCGAAAAACAUAUUGAUAGAAAAUACGAAUUUACUGAAGAAGGUCUUAUUUUUGAAUUUUGGUGGGAUCCUUACCUCAACGAUACUAGAACAACACAAUUCUUCCAACAACCUGGUUCUAUUGAUGAUAUUCGUCCUAGUUUACUUGUAGUGGGUGCUGGAUCUUGGCAUAUGCGUUACUUGGAAGAAACUAAUUACAUGGACCAAUGGCAAACAAGUAUAGAUAAAGUACUAGAUGCAGUUCAACUAUCUUCACGCUUAGCUGAUGCUGUGAUUAUGUCUCCUAUGGAAAUACCUCAGUUUGAUCAACUUAAUCCUAAUCGCUCUGCGACUAUCACUCCAGAAAAAGUCAAAGCUAUGAACGACUAUCUUGCUUCUCAACGUUCCAACAUUGAAAAUGCUCAUACACCAUUCGCCAUUCCUUUUGUUUGGAACAAAAUCAUUUCUUCUUCAAUCAACGUUACUCAAGAUGGUUUACAUUAUGACCCCAUUGUUACGAAUGCUCAAGUUCAACUGGCUCUCAAUUAUCGAUGUAAUGAUGUUCGACCCAAACAUUUUCCUUAUGAUACCACUUGUUGUUUCCAUUAUCCCAAACCUCGAUGGUAUCAAAAUAUAUUUUUUAUCUUAUUCUUGAUUUUGGUUCCUAUUGGAUUCUAUAUUUGUGAUAGACUCUCAAGAUUAGUACCUUCUGAAAAGGUCCUCAAUGCUCUCUUUAUUUUUGGACUUGGUGUGAUUUAUAUGUAUUUUGGUGAUCGUACACAACUCUUUGGAAAAAUUCACAAACAUUAUGAUAGUACAACAUUUACAUUCCUUAUGACAAUAUUUGUGGUGAUGGCUGGCUUGGUGACACUUCAAAGUAACAAGAAAGAAGGUGUGGAUUUAGGAUUCUUGAAUCGUGAUCAAACGGAUGAAUGGAAAGGAUGGAUGCAGGUCAUUAUUCUUAUCUACCAUUUUGUUGGUGCAUCUGGGACCUCAGGGAUUUACAAUGCUGUUCGAAUCUUGGUAGCUGCUUAUCUCUUCCAAACUGGUUAUGGUCACUUUUUCUUCUUUUACAAAAAAGCCGAUUUUGGACUGGCACGUGUAUUAAAUGUGAUGGUACGACUGAACUUUUUGACUUUUGUUCUUCAAUAUUUAAUGGAUACCGACUACCUUAGCUACUACUUUACACCUUUGGUUUCUUUUUGGUUUGGGAUUAUCUACUUAACAAUGUAUAUCGGACACAGCAAUAAUAACAAUGUGAAAUUCAUGAGCGCCAAAAUUGCUAUUGCUGCUAUGGUAACAACAGCUUUGAUCAAUACUCCUGGUGUUAUGGAAUUUGUAUUUGAUAUUUUACGGUUACUUUUUAAUAUUCAAUGGAAUGCACAAGAAUGGCGGUUCCGGUUAUCAUUGGAUGGUCUUAUAGUCUAUGUUGGUAUGAUCAGUGCAUUCGCUUAUAUCAAAUGUGUAGAACUCAAAUGGAUGGAUCAUGUUUCCUUUGGCAAGAUCAAAAAGGGUGUCUUGAUAAGUUCUGCAAUAUGUUUGAUGUGGUACUUUUAUUUUGAACUAACGCGUGAGAACAAAUUUGUUUACAAUCAUGCUCAACCUUAUAUAUCUUGGAUUCCUAUUUUGGCAUUUGUAUUUUUACGCAAUGCUACGGUACGACUUCGCAAUACUUCCUCACGAUUUUUCAUCUUUAUCGGUAAAAUCUCUCUGGAAACAUUCAUUGGGCAAUUCCAUAUGUGGCUAGCAGGUGAUACAAAAGGACUCUUGGUAGUGAUUCCUAAUAGUGCUUGGGUAGCCAGGUCUUCUAUCGGAUGGUAUACAAAUUUGAUGGUGUCAACAUUACUCUUUGUGUUUGUAUGUUAUUAUAUUAGUCAAACAACUGGAGAAUUAACUCGAUGGAUUUGUACGGACCUUUUGAUGGGGACACAACAACAAAGAUCUCAUGGAAACUCUCGUGAAUAUCAAGCUGUACCCCUUCUACCCACCUCAUCAACAUCACCAUCAUCAGCGCCUCAAUCAGUUAUAGAAACAACAACAACGACAGGAAAUAAUAAUACGUUAGAAGAACAAUCACAAGUAAAAGGAAAAGUCAAUGACAAUGGCGAUACAAAUGUAGUCAAUGUGGAUGAAAUAGAAGAUGACACUGGUAUACCAACCGCUCCCUCUCUUGGAUAUAGAAUACUUUCGGAUCCUCGUUUCAAGGUGAUUGUCUUUUUAGUUGGUGUUGGUUUAUUGAAUAGGAUAUCUUAG